GCUGAUUGUGGGUGAGAAGAACAGACAAUGAAAAUACUCCAAAAUGUUUGAAUUGGUUAGACCUUCACCUGAGGUUCCCUGGACCUUGCCUUCAGAGACACUUAACCACACAUUUCCCUUUGAAACCAGCUCGCUAUGCUGCACACUCUUCUAUAUUAAUCCAUAUCUUCCAGAUGCUGAGAACAGGUCGAUAUUGGAAACAAUUCAUCAGAAUUUAUUCACUUACUUGAAAUCUUGGUUGUAUUACUAUCCAUGGUACGACUCAUCGGUUAAGGUUUUCCUAGUUACAGAUUUCAAAUCCAACACAUCAAGUUCCACUUUUCAUUCUUAUAAUUAUAUUUAUAUUGAAUUAAUAUUUGAUGACUAUCUAAUUGACGAAUGGUUAUUAACUUAUCUUUUGUUUGAAUUCUCAAAGAUUGACAGUGAUAACUAUAAUAAAAAUGAUAUGUUUAUAAAUUUUUUUGAUUCUGAUGGAGUUUUUCUAUUAAUUGAAGCUGCAGAUCAUAUUCCAAUCUGGUUAGAACCCUCAAAUUCUUUUAAUAGAAUUUGGUUGAAUAAUGGUAAUUUAAAAAUAAUCCCCAAUGAUUUCAAUCCGGAUAAAAAUUUAACGUUAAACCAGAGUUUAUACUAUUUAAAUAAUUUUAUUUUUAAAUUGAACCUUUCAAAUGAUUUUAAUAAUAAAAUUAUCACCAAAUUAAAUAAUUAUCAGGUUUAUGCUUUACAAAAUAUAAUUUCCUUCACCGUUAGAAUUCAAAAAGACUUAUUCCAUUUUUUAUUAACCUAUAAUAAUUAUUUUCAAAAGAAGAACCCAAUUAAUGAGACAGAUUUGAAAUUAAUCACACAUAAUAAUAUUAAUAAUCAUGAAUUUUUAAAUUUAUUUAAUUUAGUAUCAAAAUCUUUUGUUUUCUUCAUAAAAGAAAAAUUACCAACAAAUACAGUUUCUAAAAAUUUUUCAAAUAACUUUCGAAAAGAAAAUCUAGUUCCAGUUAAUCUUAAAACUUCUGCUUUAACUUACAAUAUGCUUCAAUAUUACAUCAAUUCAAAAGCUGCUUCAUCUGAUUCUCAAAAUUAUAUUGAUGAUGAUAAGGAUAUAGAUCUUCAAUAUAAAAUGGGUAAUGCUCUUUUAAGUGGUUUGGAUAAUAUAAUAUCAAAUCAGUUAUAUCCAGAAUUAAAUAAAUUCAUAGAUAAAAAUAAAUUUGAUUUCCAAGAUUAUAAUUUAUCUAAUUCUCAAAUUAUAAAUUUUAAUAAUUUCAUUGAUUCUGAUCCUUUACAAUCAAAAUUAAUUGAUUCCAAAAUAAUAACUGAAAAAGUCCUUUCAAAUCCUGACGUAUCAACUAAUGAUGAUAUACUUGAUAAUUCUAAUGAGACUGAAAACAUUAAUCAAAAAAAUGUAUUUAAUAAAUUAAAUGAUUUCUUUGAUGACACUGGAGCUGGUUUAGAUGGUGUGGAGGUGAGAUCAUCAAACUCCAUAUCCUCUUCCUCUUCUUCUUUCUCUGAUUAUGAUAAAAGAUCUAAAACUGAAGUUGAAAAGGCAAGAGAAUAUUUAGGAAGUGAAAAAGUGGAUAUCGAUGAAGAUGACUUUUUUGAGUAUUUUCUAACAAACGCUUUACAAAUUCCAAUGAAAGAUUUGGAUGCUUAUCGUUCAUUAACAGGUUCCUCAUCAUUAAAAAAUAACGAUACAACCAAAUUGAAGAAACAAAAAAAAGAACUCAAUAUACAAGAUUAUAAUGAUGAAUCAGAUUAUAAAUCCGACUCAAGUAGUGAUCAUUAUUAUGACUAUGAUAGUAACACAGGGGUUGAGGGAGAUAAGAAUGGAGUCUUUAAUUUAAAAGAGAGUGAUUUAACAAGCCAAUUCUCUGCUCUAAAAAAUUUAUUAUCAUCUAUAAGAUUAGAUGGUGGAGUAUCAGGUCCAACUUCGACUUUAUUUAACAAUCUAGAUUUAUCCAAAGAUGACCUUAAUGAAAAACAACAAUAAUUUAAUUUAUAUAUUCUUUAAUAUAUAAUAUGGUAUAACUUUAUAUAGUUAUAUAUAUAUAGAAUAAAA